GUAAAAUAAUUAAAUUUUGAAAACAAACGAAUAUAGUUUUGAAACUAAGUAAGUAUUCAAAGUGGCUUAAAAAAGUCCCUAUUUCAGUAUGUUUCAACGACUUUGGGCAUCCAAUUCUCGUAGUAUUUCUUUAAUAUCAAGAGUUUGGAAUGGCCAACAUAAUGUGCUGUCUGGCAAAAAAGCAGAAGACAAGAUGACAUCCCUUUUGAAGGAUAAGUUUCCCAAAGCUAAAGUGAUCGAAGUCUGUGAUGUUUCAGGUGGUUGUGGUGCUAUGUUUGAAGUUAGUGUAAUUACCUCAGAGUUUAAAGGGUUAAACACUAUAAAGCAACACCGACUUAUUAAUGAGAUCCUCAAAGAAGAAAUCAAAGACAUGCAUGGUAUUAGAAUACAUACAAGUGUUGCUGAAUCAUAAGUAGCGGCCCAAAAUUAUCUUUCUUGGUACAACUGUGCUCCUUAGGAGUACAUAUUAAAUAUUUUUACUUCUAGAAGUUCCUGGUAUGAUGUGUUUAAUUAAUAAGAAAACCAUUAUGUAAAUA